CCGGUAUAUUAAGACGAGAAAUGAUCGAAAUUGUAUCAGUCGUAGAAGCGGCUCACAUCACAACAGCAGCCUUAGUGCUCAACGAAAGUUCAAGUCCCUAGCCAUGAACAGAAUCGCACUUUUACUCUCCGUCCUAUCGCUGGCGGCCGCCGCGCCCUGGCAGCCAUCUUAUCACCCGUAUCAAUACCAGCCCGAGUAUCAUUCUCAGGCAUUAUCGUCCGACGCCAACGGUCAGCAAAUAUCCAUGAGAUCCGGUUACGAGAAUUUAAGUUCCGGAAGCGAGGGCGGGGGCUACGAUUUGGGAGGCCACGGAGGAUCGGAAGCAUCCAUCAGCCAUCUAGAGUCCGGUGGUGGCUAUGAGGGAGGUUACGGAGGUCACGGAGGUCAGAGCUUCGAGGGCUUUGGUGCCAGCGGUGGCCACGGAGGCUUCGGCGAGAGUCAAGGAUACGCCGCCUUUGACAACUUCGGCGGUGAUCACGGAGGCCACGGAGGCGAGGGGGGCGGUCACGGAAUUUCCCUAGACGGCGGUCACAACUACGUGCAAAGCGUUCCAGUCUCGGAGCACGUGGAAGUGACGAAGCCCGUUGCGGUUCCGGUGUACAAGGAAAUCGGUGUGCCUGUCGCUCAGCCGGUUAAAAUCAACGUUCCUCACCCGGUUGCUGUUGGCGUUCCGCAGCCUUACCCGGUCGCAGUUCCGGUAUCCCAACCCGUGCCGAUUCAGGUUAUCAAAACCGUAGCUGUCCCCGUCGAGAAGAAGGUGCCUUAUCCAGUCGAGAAGCACAUUCCAGUCGCCGUUGAGAAGCACGUGCCAAUCAAGAUCGAAAAGCACAUUCCUGUGCCUGUAUUCAAGCCCUAUCCAAUCAGGAUUCCCGUCUACAAGACCAUCUAUCACCACGCAAAAAGCGGAGGCGGCGGUGGUCAUCACCAUUAAAUUUUUGUAAAAUAUGUGAGAGGAGAUUAUAGUUUGUUUUCCUGUUUUUUUUUUUGUAUACGUUUUGUGAUUUGACGAAUCGGCCCUAAAGUCAUGGAGAAGUCAUCGGUCGAUGUCUGUUCUGGUUGUUAAGUUUUUACACAUCUAUUGUUUUGUAUAUAUUUGAUGAAGUGUUGUACUGUUAUUGAUAAUUUUGUUACUAAUUAUAUUAUCUUUUUGUACAUGAUUUUCUCUUACUGAUUAAACGUUGUUGUUUUUCAUAA